AUCAGAUCAUCUGAUCUCAUCUAACAGCUGCCUGGCUGUUGUCAGGGAUACCUCCCCACAGAGACGCUCUCUCAAAAGGCAGGGGAGGGCUUUGGAAGAAAGGAGACCCUCACCUGGAUCUGGAUGGAGCAAAGAGAGGGUUUUUCAGGUUUCUAUCCCCCGCUGAUUUUGUUGUGCAUAACCUGCGCAACCUUUGAAGUCGCAGGAUGGGCUAUGAUCUGGAGAGGUUUGUGGGCUAUGUUAAUGAGGGUCUGCUCUGCUGUGUGUGUCGAGACGUGCUGGAGCGCCCCCUCCAGGCGCCAUGUGAACAUGCCUACUGCAGUGCCUGCAUCAGCAGCUGGCUGCUCCAUCACCACUCCUGUCCUGAAGACAGGCAGUCACUGGAUGUACAUGCGUAAUGACCUGAACCGCCUGCAGAUCCGCUGUGUGAACGCAGGGCAGGGAUGCGAGGUGGUCUGCUCCCUGGAGAGCCUCCACACACACGAGGAUGACUGCGAGUUUGCCUUCAUUACCUGCUCUAACACAGGUAACAAAUCCAUAUCCUGGCUGAGGCCAGGCAUGUUAGGUGUUUUGUAUUUUGACUUAUGAGGUUUACUGUAAGGUUAAGUCGUUACCUUCAUGAAAGCGGAUGAAACAAAGGUAACGUGAAACCAUUGGCUGGACAACAGGUGGCUCAUCUGUUGUCAUGGCUACAUGUGUCACUGAACCCCCGAGAGACCACAUGCAAAGUUUUUCCAGGGUCCAUUUUAAUUUAGGGUUAGAGUUAAUGCAUAUAAGAUCUGUCCUUUUUAACCCAUCAUGUUGCUGUGACGUUUCAUUGUUAGGUGGGGAGUACAUUUGCUACCGCUGUGGUACGUACAGUGAUAAAAGUAUGAACAUGCAGUGUGAUUUGUUUUGUGGUGCUAUUAAAACUGUAUCUGCAUUUCUCCUGCUGUCUGGUUGCUGUGAUUUCUGGGAUGUUUGUUGAUUUUAAAAUUAUUUAGCACAAGCUCUCUACUACUUAGAUAGUUGAAAAAAUGUUUGAACCCAGUGUUUAAUUUAGAACUACAAAUACAAAAAAAAAAAAAAAUAAGAUGUUGAAAUAAAAAGAUGUGCAUGAAUCGUUU